CACUUCUUUUCCUAUCUUGUUAGUUUGGCGCAGAACUCAGUUGAUUGAAGAAUACACAGAGAGAGUGUGAGAGAGAGAGAGAAUCAUAAGCCAUGGCCGCGUUGAUGAUGGUUGGUGCCACUGCUACAGUUACUCCCUGGGCGAAGGUGGUUGCUCCACCCAUCAUUCUCCAUCACCAUCGAAGAAUCACCGCCACCUUCUUCCUCCGAAGAGCUUUCUCACUCAAAGCUUCUUCUCUCUCUCAUCAACACCAAGAACCUUCACCCGUUCGCGUCCGUUUCGCGCCUUCUCCUACCGGUAACCUCCACGUCGGCGGCGCCAGAACUGCACUCUUCAAUUACUUGUUCGCAAGGUCCAAAGGUGGGACAUUUGUGUUGAGAAUUGAGGAUACUGACUUGGAGAGGUCUACCAAGGAAUCUGAGGAAGCCCUUCUUCGGGAUCUUUCAUGGCUUGGCCUUGGAUGGGAUGAAGGCCCUGGUGUUGGUGGGGAUUAUGGUCCAUAUAGGCAAUCCGAGAGGAACUCUUUGUACAAACAAUAUGCUGAGAAACUCCUCGAAUCUGGCCAGGUUUAUCGAUGCUUUUGUUCUAAUGAGGAACUAGAGAAAAUGAAGGAGGUUGCCAAAUUAAAGCAACUGCCUCCAGUGUACACAGGUAAAUGGGCCAAUGCAACAAAUGAGGAAGUAGAAGAAGAGCUGACAAAGGGAACUCCUUAUACAUAUCGGUUUCGUGUCCCCAAAGGAAAUUUAAAAAUUAAUGACAUAAUACGUGGCGAAGUUAGUUGGAGCUUGGAUACGCUUGGAGAUUUUGUGAUAAUGAGGAGUAAUGGUCAGCCUGUUUACAACUUUUGUGUAACAGUGGAUGAUGCUACCAUGGCUAUUUCCCAUGUUAUAAGAGCAGAGGAGCAUUUACCAAACACUCUAAGGCAGGCAUUAAUAUAUAAGGCUUUAGGUUUUCCCAUGCCUUAUUUUGCACAUGUUUCCUUGAUUUUGGCUCCUGAUCGGAGUAAAUUAUCAAAACGACAUGGUGCAACAUCAGUGGGUCAGUUCAGGGAGAUGGGAUACCUACCUGAAGCAAUGGUGAAUUACCUUGCAUUAUUAGGCUGGGGUGAUGGAACUGAAAAUGAGUUUUUCACCCUUAAUCAACUCGUUGAAAAAUUCACUAUUGAACGUGUUAACAAAAGUGGUGCUGUUUUUGAUUCCACGAAGUUAAGGUGGAUGAAUGGUCAGCAUUUAAGGGCACGGCCAUUACAGGAAGUGGCCCAACUUAUUGGAGACCACUGGAAGGCAUCUGGCUUACUCACAGUAUCAACAGGGCCUUUUGUUGAUGAGGCAAUUGAGCUGCUUAAGGAUGGAAUUGACUUGAUACCUGAUGCAGAUACGGCGCUUUCUAACUUGCUUUCUUAUCCAAUACAUUCUACUUUACAAAGCCAUGAAGCAGAAUCAGUCAUACAAGACAAUCUCUCCAAUUUUUUUGUCAGCCUGUUGGCUGCCUAUGAUAAUGGUGAGCUGGUAGCUGCACUUGAAGAAGGCCAUGAUGGUUGGAAAAAGUGGGUGAAAGCAUUCGGUAAAUCCCUUAAGCGCAAGGGGAAAUCUCUUUUCAUGCCUCUCCGACUUCUGUUGACUGGAAAACUCCAUGGACCGGAUAUGGGAGCUAGUGUGGUAUUGCUCUAUAAAGCUGGAACUACUAGCAUUGUUGCUCCUGAAGCUGGCUUUGUGACACUCGAUGAAAGAUUUAAAAUACUUAGGCAGAUUGACUGGGAAACAUUGUCUAAGGAUCAUCCUGUCAAAGAGACUGCUGGUUCUGUAUCUAACUGAGAACUCAGUUCUGAGGAGAGAUUAAACUUGAAGCGACACGAGUAACCUGAUGGUAGAUUUAGAUCAAUUGAGGGAAUGAGAUGAUUCAGAUUGUUUCAUAAAACGAGUUGGUUAGGAAGGGCUUAUGACUAUUGGUUCUUCUGCAGGUCAUCUGGUUUUUGCUUUUAUUGCUUCUGUUUAUUUAAGGAGAUGCAAAUACAUGUCUUUUGUUUCUUUUUUUGUUUUCUCUUUUUUUAACAAUUAUUACCAAUAUUGGUGUGAAAUUUUCUAAGUGGUUUUAAGAAUUUGCUUGUUAUUUUGAUA